AUGCACCGCAGAAGAAAAUCCACCCGCCGAGAAGGCAACACCUACGCCCCUCCUCACACCCCGCCCCACCCCCACCCCCACCUCCCCUACGGCUGGACCGCCCGCUUCGACGCCUGCUACCAGCGGUUCUACUAUGUUGAUCUCGCCACCAAGCGGACACAGUGGGAGAUGCCGCUUGUGGUUGUUAACGCUCCCAUUCAAGGUCGAGCGUCGGGCGAGUACCGUCGGCCUGCGUCGUUUCCGGAUGACAUUGAGACCCGGAGCCACGAGAGCAUGACGCAGACGGCGGAGGCGAGCAGAGGCUGCUUAUCUGUGCUGCUGGCGAGGGUGGCUCCGGCGAGAACCGAGGUGGCGCCGGUGCCAGUGGUUGUGCACAUGCCGGUUGUGCUAGUUGCGAGAUCCGGGCGACCUCCCACGAGUCGGGUCCCAGGACUAGCUGCAGUGCUCUACGCCGAGAGGAGGCACAUCGAGCUGAUGGCUGUGGUCAUCGAUCAGCACAUUACUCGCAACGGCCUCAUGAUCAGCCGGGUUAUGCUCGGGAAGAUAAUACUAUAUCUACCCAUACCUGCGGAGGUCACGGAGCAGUUGGAGAAGCUGCAUGCUCGAGAGAUGUAG